AUCUGUAUACACAUGCAGAACUAUGCCCGCAUGUAGGCGUUUGCGUCUUUGGAGGCGAGGCUAACAAGACAGAGGAAGGGAGGGGAGACAGAGCCACAGCUUGAGAGGGCGGAAGGGCAGAGAGAGAAACGCAUGAAACGAGAAAAACGAGGCGAGCUGUUCCCCCGCGAGAAGGAAAGAAACGCGUACUCCGCAUUCAUUUUUUCCGGUGUUCUUCUCUGGCCCAGGCGAGGAAUGUCCGGAAGCCUGCAUGCAGAGCAGCGCCUGCCCGCGCAGCGAGGAGGAGACCUCAAAACAAAGAGGAUCUGACGGGAGAGGAAGCUGGGGAAGAGCAGGAAAAAACGCAACGGGGAGAAGAAGCUCCAACAGAGCGGAGGAAGACGACACAGAGAGCGGAAGGACUCGAGAGGCGCCGAGCGCGCGCGCGAGAGAGAGAAAAGAGAAACGACAAGAUGCAAGGCAGAAAUACAGGGAUAAAAGUGCAGUGGUGGGCAAGCGAGGAAGGAAAGAAACCUUGCAGAUGAGAUGCGAGGACGAGAAGCAGCGUUGGUCGCCGUGAACAACACGAUAAAUGCGAGGCGAGAGAAAAGACUACAGAGCCUUCUUAAGAGAAGAAAUCCCUUGGAAACUCCACAGUUCCUUCAUCUCUUUCACAGACACCUCAGCAUUUGCGAAGACGAGAAAAAGACAUUUUCGCGAUUUUUCAAGACGACGCUGGCGAGAUCGGCGGCAUCUCCAGAGACCCCCGCAAAGCGUCUUGAGCCUUUCCUUUCUUCUCUCGUUCUGCUCUGUUCUCCGGCGAUCUGUCUGCCUCUCCGCCUCCCAAAUCUCUGCUCUAGCUAACGCAAAGAGAAGAACUCUCGCCAGAUGUGCAGACACACCUUUCAGAGAAACAGGGAGAGAAAAGAGAGAGAAAAAAGAGAGAGAAAAAAGAGAGAAAAAAGAGAGAAAAGAGAGAAGAGCGCGGACUGGCGAGAGGCCCUGUCACUUUGCGCAGCGGCGCAGCGCGGGGCGUCAAGAAAUCGCGCAUGCAGCGACUUCUUGACGUCCGCGUUGCAUGCUUCGCCUCAAUUUCUCUCUGUUUUCACCGCUCCUUCUCCUUCUCAUCUUCCGCUGAGCGGCUUUAAAACAGUGUACGCAAACAACAAUCAGAAAAUUCGAAACAAUUGCAGAGAGAAAAGACAAGAGGGCGCGACUCAAGCUGCGUCAUGCGGGAGUCGAACGUCACAGAGCCUUGACCUCUCUCAUUGGAGACACGGUCUCUCAACUUGCUGUCCGCGACAAGAAAAGAUUCAAAACCGUCUUUCCCCAUCCUCUCCCUUCUUCGCAUGCACCAGCUCUUUCUCGCGUCCUCUUCCGCGCCUCUCUCCACGGCUGUUCUUCUUCUUUUUCCGCGCGACUUGCGCCCUCCCAGGAACUCCCCGCGGCCUCCGGCAAAAAGUGAAGCGUGAGCAAGAAUUUGAAACCUUUUGACUCUUUUGGCCUUCCACGAUAACCGUCUUGCUGUUUGUCUCGCGUUCCAGAGGACGAGGAGAGCGUUUCAAGGCCUGCGCAAGAAGCUCGUGAGCGCGAGAGAGCUCGUCCGUCCCCCGCGCGGCGAAGAGAGAGACCUUGAAGAUUUCUGUGCUUUUGACACACGCCGCAGACCUUUUCUCGGAAUUUGCCAACGGAGUUCUUCGUCUCUCUUCUUUUGGAGUCUCUUCUCAGAGGUUUCACCUUGCCCUCCUUCGCUCUCUCUGCUCACACACCGCACGAACCAUGGAGGCUUCCGUGGAUGGCGGCAGGGCCCCUCCCUCUUCCCCUCCCUCUGCCUUUGCUUGUCGCUGCUGCCGCGUUUCUUUUUCAACUUUGACUGAGCGAAAGGAGCAUCAACGCUCCGACUGGCACUCUUACAAUCAGCGCCGAAGUGUGGGGAACUUAGGACCUGUGACGCAGGAAGAGUUCUCGCGAAAAAUCCAGGUUGCUCUCUUCGCUUCUCAACUCAAACAAGACAAAAGUGGAGACAAGGAGGCUCACAUCGACGCCGCAGUUCGCCUCCACAGAACUCUCCUCAAUUCUUCUGUCCACGCCGCUUCUCCUGUCGCCUCCUCUGCUUCUCCUCUCGCCUCCUCCUCUUCUUCUUCUCUCGCGUCCUCUGCUUCGCCUCUGCCUCCGACGGAGAGAGAACGCGCGCAGGCUGUCGCGACCUUGACGGCUCUGGGCGUCUUGGCCUCUCGCGGGGAAGACCAUUUGAAAGGGAAGAAGGCGGAGAAGGCCGGGCCGCGGCCUCUGCCUCCUCUGGCCGCUUCGGAGACCUCGCGGGGCGCUGCGACAGACGGUGCCGCGUCUGUUCCAGAGAGAAGCGGCGCUCGCGGGAUCUCGAGCGAGGCGCAGCAACUGGAGAAAAAGGCGCGCUUGGCGGCGCUCGCGACCUCUCCAGAGUGUGUGAGUCUGUUUGACUUGCAUGCGCCCUUCGCGUCGUGGCGAGAGAACUUGACGUACAUGCAGAAGACGUUUUCCUUUGCGCUUCCUCACGCGGAGUUCUUGGUGGAUCCGGCGAGGUUUCUCAGAAUUAUCUGGAAGGCGCAGAUGAGGAAGCCGCGGUGUCUCUGGUGCAUGCAGCGCUUCGCCUCCGUGGAGGCGGCCCAGCAACACAUGCAGUCGAAGGGACAUACGCAGCUCCGAUGGGCAGACAGCGCAGACUCUGCGCUACAGAGGGCGCUCGAGCCUUGCUUCGACUUCCGAGCCUCGUACCUGGCGCUGCUGGAGAGGCGCGCACAGCUGGCAGAAACGCAGAAAGCUCUGAGUCACACAGGCGACCGACGCGACCGAGAGCCUGAGGAGACGCUCGACGAGAUCCAAGAGACUCAGAGCGCCGACGAAGACCUCUGGGAAGACGUCUCCGACGACGACAGCGACUCCUGGACAGUCGCCUCAGAAGAGGCUGCAGAGCCGAGCGACGUGCAAAAAAAGCCGAGAGGAGACAUCGAAGAUGAGUAUGCCCGACUGAGAGAAGAAUGCAAAGGCUUGACGGACAAGGACUUCAGACGCAUCCUUCGCCAGUGCGGAGACAUGCAGGCGCGACUGACGGAGACAGGUGAUCUGCGCCUUCCCGACGGCAGAGAACUCGUCAAUCGACAUGUCGCUUACAUUUACAAGCAGCGCCUGGGACGGAGGGUGCCCGGCGAUGCAGAGGCGCAAGUCCUCGCGGAUGCCUACGGCGUACAGAGCCUCCGAGACGUUUGCGGCGGAGAACGCGGCGCUCUUGCUCUCGCAAGUUCUCACUGUCCUGGAGAUCCGGCGCAACGGAAGGCGCAACUCGCUCUUCGCCUGCGGCAGGAGAAACACCGACGCCUGCUGGCUUGUCUGGGGCGCAGCGGCCGUGGAUUAUCCGAGAAACAGUUGAGAACGCAGAGAGAAGUGAAGCACAGAGUGGUGCUGCCUCGCGAGCAAUUCGCCAAGCGAAUGCAGAAGCAACGCAUGCAACUCGGCGUCAAGCAGAAUACUCUGCAGAAAUUCAUUCUGCAGGAGCACAAAUUCUUCCUUUGAGAAAACAGGACGGAGAGAGGAAGGAGACAAGAGAGAGGAAGGAGACAAGAGAGAGGAAGGAGACAAGAGAGAGGAAGAGGCAGUCGUGUAGCAGAUGGUGUCUUGCCUUUUUUUGCACACUGUGGAGAGAAGAGUGGACCUUUGGCUACGAGAGAAAGACAGCGCUGCUUUUGUUGCUCUUCGCUUCAGUUCGUUUCUCGUAUUUUUUUAUCCAAAACGCUUGACGUUCACGACGUCGACGGCGUCUCAGCCUGACGACGAGGCGUCGCACAUGCAUGCUUUCGACACGAACCUUUCCGGCUGGACUCCAACCGUAGAGUCUAAACCGCGGAGGGGAAAAAAAAAUACUCGACUAUCGAGAAGGCUGAAGAAGACUCAAGUCGAGAGGCGCAACAAGCGUCUUCAUCGCUACAGAACAUUCCACCCACGAAGGGCAGGAGGAGGCCUGCUGAUGGAUCCAGCCGACUUCUUUGUGUUGUGCGACACAGCCAGAGAAACUGAACAGCCAAGAGCGAAGACGAGAGGAAGAGAGAACUCGCCGCCUUCCUCGUGCGUUUCGUCACUCUCCAACUAUUCCACUGCAAUUCAACAAGCAAGCGUUUGACA